AUGGCUCUGAAGGGACCCUGCCCCGCGGUCCUGCUGCCCCUCACCUUGCUGGUCGCCUGCCUGGCCCUGGCCAGCGGGGACCCAUGGAAUCCGCUGAAUGACAUAUUCAAGAGAGAGCACGUGAACAACCCCAAGAACAAAGCUGUCAGCAACAGAGCCUACUGCAAAAUGAUGAUGUUGGACCGGGGCGUAUUCUGGAAGUACACCAACACCUUCAUCCACGAGCCCCUCAGCACUAUCAAUGCCGUCUGCAAAGCGGAUGGCGUACCCGUUGGGGGCCUCAGACGCCAGAGCAAGAAGACCUUCAAAAUCACCACCUGCACAUUUAACUACAUGUCCUUCUCUUUCACUGGACUCAGUGGCACAAACAAAAUUGUCCUCUCCUGCUUGAAUGGACUCCCUGUGAAUUUUGUGAGGUACAUUUAG